UCAGUGUGUAAGGCUCGCGCUUGUACACUCUACAUUUCCCGCGAAAAUUACGUACCAUUCCUAUUACUUAUAAAUAAUAACGAAAUAUAUUAAUACUUCAAUAAAAGACUAUAUAUUUUUUGUUAAUGUGUGACGUUUAUCGAUUAUUAUCAAAAGUGAAAAUCUAUCUGUGAAUAUUUCGUUAGGAAAACAUUUGGUGUGCGGAUUGUUUGGGUUUCCACCGGUUUUUCAUCUAAUAAGUACUAGUGUCAAGUGAUUAUAUAAUAAGAUCAAUGUUUGCGCGAUAGUGUCAGUGGUGUUGUGUGGAUGUGGUUUGGAAGCUGAUCGAACUGGCGUGGUACGGGCCCGGCGGGGGGGCGAUGCAGGCGGGCGGGGGCUGGUUCGUCCCAUGGACGAUGGGGGUGCAGAAGUUCGCGGUGGCACUACCCAUGGGCGGGGUUGUGCCACUCGUACCCCCCUUGUUAGCGGCGUUACCACCAGCCCCGCCGCCUCUGCGCCUGAUCGCCCCACCACCUAUGCCGCAUCAAGCACAGCCUGGGAGAAAGGGUGAAAAAGACAAUGGCAAAAAUUGUAUACUUUCAUGCGAGAAGAGAAAAGCGGACGACACCGAUAUUAACAAAGACUUAAAAAAGGCAAAAUUAGAAACAAAAGCUUUAAAAGCGAAGAGGCCAGGGUUUACCGAUGACCGUUACAACGAGACCUCUUAUUAUAUUGAAAAUGGACUUAGGAAAGUAUACCCAUACUACUUCACAUUCACAACAUUCACCAAAGGAAGGUGGGUGGGUGAGAAAAUCCUCGAUGUCUUUGCAAGGGAGUUCAGGGCUCAUCCGGCAGCUGAAUAUGAAAGGUGCAUCAGAGCGGGUACACUUACUGUCAACUAUGAACGAGUGGAUCCAGAUUACCGGCUCAAACACAACGACCUUCUCGCGAAUGUCGUUCAUAGGCACGAAGUACCGGUCACCAGCCAACCCAUCACCCUCGUACAUAUCGACGAGGACAUUGUGGUUGUCAACAAACCGGCCUCUAUCCCCGUACAUCCAUGCGGUCGGUAUAGACACAACACAGUCGUGUUCAUACUCGCUAAAGAAUACAACUUGAAGAAUCUGAGGACCAUUCACAGGCUGGACAGGUUAACGUCAGGUCUCCUGCUGUUCGGGAGGAGUCCGAAGAAAGCGAGACAGAUGGAGCACCAGAUAAGGAACCGACAAGUGCAGAAGGAGUACGUGUGCAGAGUUGACGGCGCGUUUCCAGAAGAUGAAAUCGAAUGCCAAGAACCAAUAGAAGUGGUCAGCUACAAAAUAGGAGUAUGUAAAGUCUCACCAAAAGGGAAAGACUGUUCAACGGUGUUCAAGCGAUUAGGGUACAACGGGAGUUCGAAUACCAGUGUUGUGCUGUGUCGGCCGAAGACUGGCAGGAUGCAUCAGAUCAGAGUCCACUUGCAGUAUUUGGGUUACCCUGUAGUGAAUGAUCCGCUAUACAACCACCCCGUAUUUGGACCACUCCGCGGUAAAGGAGGUGAUACGGGCGGGAAAACAGAUGAGCAACUAGUCAGAGAUCUCAUAGCUAUACAUAAUGCUGAGAACUGGUUAGGUGUGGAUGCUGAAUUAGCGGUUUAUCGUGAUGAAAUUGGUGAUCUCAUUGGUGAGGAUGAUUGUGACACUGGACCUGCGUCCCGGGAGUCUUCACCGCGGCUGGAGUCACCAGCUCCCGGUGUCACACCCUCUACUAUAAUGACGCCUACCCUCCCAAGCCCAUCAAGUGGCGCGGAGGCUCCCGUAGAGGCGGCCACAUCACCCGCCCCGCCGUGCACGCUCGCUCGAUCACCGUUUGCAUCACCACCUCUCAACGAGGACUCCAAUGACGCCAAGUCGGACAAGGUGACAGUGGCAACACAGACUGGCUGCACUCCCGCGGUGAAUGCCCCGAGCGCCGCUAGCUCAGCGAGCGUGGCAUGCGGCUCGGCGGAUGCAUUGUCCCCCGACCCGCACUGCUACGAAUGCAGGGUGCGGUAUCGCGACCCUCGCCCCAGAGAUCUCGUCAUGUAUCUUCAUGCUUGGAAGUACAAGGGUCCCGGCUGGGAAUACGAGACGGAGCUGCCACAAUGGGCGAACGUAGACUGGGAUGAACCGGAAUAUUCAUAGUUACACGAACUGACACUAUUGAAGAGGCGCCUCGCUACAGCCCACAACUAGGGUUCUUGCAAAAUCCAACUAACAAAUUUCAAUAAAAUAUAUAUUUACAUGAUAUUGAUACAUGUUUUAAUGAUGUAAUAGACGUAAUGUUGUAUGAUGUUUGUAACGUUAAUAAAUAGAAAACAGUUGAUGUUGUAAUAAGUCGAAUUGGAUAUAAUAUUGCGAAGGCUGAAGUACAAUUGGUACUGCGAGGCGCUAAUAUAUGAACUAACGACAUCAGUACUCACUUGGCUGUUAUGUAUCACUUACUUCUGUACGGUAAGUAUGUAAAAUAAGUGAGAAUUAGUGUAAGAAUAGAAUUAUUUUUCUUCGUUGGUUCCGUUGCUGAACUUCAAUUGUUUUACUCAGUUCCAAAUUUUAGUGGAAUUUAGAUCAUCAUCGGUUAAUUCUACACUCGGUUUUCUAUUAUUUCGUUUCUAGUGAGGUAACAUUAGAUUUAAUUUGUCAGUCUUCAGUUCCUAACGGCCUAGAAUGUUUCGUCAAGCUUGUUGUAGUGUAGAAUAAGGUUGUAACAAUUUGUAAUAAUAUCGGUACCAUAAUAUAGUUAUAUCGCUUUAACGAGGCAGGGUCAGAACCACAAUCAUAAAUGGAUAUUAUAUUAAAUGAGUCAUUUUUAAAAUAUAUGGGAUAGCUCUUCUACGUGUAAUUUCUUACAAUGGAGUAUAAGCAAAAUUAGGUGAAACUGUGUCAAUAUUAUUUUAGAUACAUCUAUUGCUUUUAGUUACUCUAUCGUUAAUAAGGUAUAUUAUCAACUUGUCAAACUCUAUAGCAUUAUCUAAACAUAUUUUGACUAUUUCGUCAUUAUAAUCAGAUUCGUAGCGACUAUUGGCACAAUUUCACAAUUUUUAAUUACAACCAAAACUUGGACCACUGCUCUAUUUUCUUAAUAUUUCGGAAUUAAAAAUAGGACCACUCUUUGAAACUGUUUUAGAAAAGCUAUCUCGGUAAUAAUAUAAGCAUAUGUUUAUAAUAAAUGCAUAGGUAAUAAUGAAAUUGUCACAUUUUAUAGACGGUGUUUUAGCUACGUCGUCACGUUUUGGCUUCCAUAGUUUUGAGUAGAAAGGUUUUUAAUUAUAUAAGGGAGAUUCUUUAAAGUUUUGUACUUUACAUACAUUGUAGUACGGGAAAUUCUGUGACAUGAUAUCUAAUGUUUCCAACAUCGCAUCAAGUGAGUUCCGUUUGGCAUCAUUCAAAGGCCAUUUGUGAUAUGCAUUUAUAGUAUGUCAUAGUUUAACAAAAACCUCACUUACAUCACAAUAUCAAUCACUAACUCUUGAAAAGACAUCAUCGAGAUUGAUCUUAUAUUUUUUUAUAUAUACAUAACCAUAUAUUUCAAUAUUUCUAUUAAAGUGAUGAGUUGGAUAAGAGAUGGCUCAAAAUCAGUUCGUAGCAGCAGAUUCUAAAGACAUGACUAAGGGUUUUUCGUUUGUCUUUUUAUUUCUUAAGUUUUGCGUGUUCCUAGUACUAAGUUCUCCCAGUUUGGUUUUGGCGAUAAAACAGAUGACAUUUGGAUUGUUUGAAUUUAUUACAUGUAAUGCGAAUUUAACUGUUCUCUCAUUUAUUGUUCAAUUAGAACUUAUUGUAGUAUUAAAGAAAUGUAAAAGACAAUCUUGUGACUAUUAAAAAUAUUUUCACGAGCUUUCAGAGUUAGUUCUAUGGAAAUUAUAUAUUUUUCUUACUUGUAGUGUAGUGUUAGUGCUGACUUUAUUGUUUUAUUGUGUGUGAUGUUUCACGAUACUUUGGAGUAGGGAGUUUCUGAUUGAAAAUAAUUAAAGGAAAUCGUUGUUUGUAACAAAUAUUUUACUAGUUUAUUUCUUUUAAUGUGGAUAUCUACUAUAUGCCAUCAACAAUAUAUUUAUUUUUCUCCUUUACAUUGUUAUUUGGUGAAGUUAUAUAAAAAAUUAAAUUCUGUCUUCCAUUAUAUUCAACAUACUAAUAAAGUGUUAAAAAGUUGUAUUUAAUAAGUAUUAAACUACAUGUUCUAGAGAAAACGUAUAACUGAC